UAUGGGACAUAGAUUAUCUGAUCCUAAACGAUUUGGAUUAGCCAGAACAUCUAAAUAAAGAUGGCAUUUAUGGAGAACACAAAUGACCUAAUUAGUCACUCAUGAACGUAUCUAUACUACUUGGGCAAAAGCUAGAGCUCUAUAAUUCCUUGCUCAUAAAACAUUCAAAUUAGGAUAAGAUGCUAGCAAAAAUAGAGGCAAUGCUAUUAAUCGAUUAAUGGGUAUUUUAACUAUCUAUACAUUUUAGGUAUUUUAACAACUAGAUUUGCUAUCAAAAAACUAAUUAAUGAAAUUGUACCUAAAUUUAAAGAUCCGAAAGAAUAAGUCUUCAAAGUUGUUGAAAUUAAUAGAAGAAAAAGUGAUUUUGCCAGAAUGGGAUAUAUUGAGUUUACCAAAAAUGAAAUUGCCAAAUAUGAAGAAUCAUAACAAAAGUAAUUAUAAGAAUAAGGUAAAAUUGUGGAUAUAAGUAAAUAUAACAAAACAUGGUUAACAGAAGAAAGAGACUUCAUAAAAGAGAAAUUAGAUUAAGCUCAAUCUAGAUUUGAUGCUCUUUAAGCGGAUCCUAACACUCCCAGUACUGAAUUGAAAAGAGCCGAUUAGGAUGUUAAAUUUUUCAAACGCAAACUAGAAACCGUUGAAAAGGACUUGUGGAUUGAAAAUAAGAAUCCAUUAGAUAUGAGAAGAUAUUUCAGAAUUUAUUGAUAUAUGGAGAUGCAUUAUUCCUAUCAAC